ACUUUAUAAAAACCCUCCGCUGGCGGUGGGCUUCCUUUUCGUGGGAUCAGAGUUGCGGCGACGAUUAGCGAGAGUCAAUUUGCGGCGGCGCCGGCGGUGAGGCUGAGAAGAAGUCGAAUAUGGUGAAGUUUCUGAAGCCCAACAAGGCUGUCAUCAUCCUGCAGGGACGCUUCGCCGGGCGGAAGGCCGUGAUCGUUCGGGCCUUCGACGACGGCACUCGGGAGCGAGCCUACGGCCACUGCCUGGUGGCCGGCAUCGCCAAGUACCCCAAAAAGGUCAUCCGCAAGGACUCCGCGAAGAAGACGGCCAAGAAGUCGCGAGUGAAGCCGUUCCUGAAGCUGGUGAACUACAACCACAUCAUGCCCACACGCUACACCCUCGACGUGGAUCUGAAGGACAUUGUCACCCUCGACGCGCUCCAGACCCGGGACAAGAAGGUCGCUGCUUCCAAGGAGGCCAAGGCCCGCUUCGAGGAGCGAUUCAAGACCGGAAAGAACAGAUGGUUCUUCACCAAGCUCAGGUUUUAAUCUAAACAGCGCCUUUUGCUCCUAUUUGUGUCUCCGAUUUGGACCUUGUCUAUUGAUAUUAGCGUGUUAUUAUGGCCUGUUAGUUUAUCAUUUGAUCAUACGAUUGCUGAAUCGUUUCUAUUCAUAAAUAGAAUCGACAUUUAAUUUGGUUUGUUGCUUAAA